CACUGCUUCCAUAGUUCUCUUCGCACAACGUCAGUGCCCGAAGAUUUCCUCAAAGUUACUCUAAUAUUGAUACACGAAUAUUUUGUCAGCCCAAGUAAUAUGCAACAGAGGAAAUAGGAGAUGGGAUAUUCGAGGAUCACAAGAAAUGCCUCGAAGGUCAAAACAGAGAAAAGGGCGGGAUUGUGGCGGUUAUCUCAACCAAGCUGAUUUCAAGCUUGGUGAUUUUGCUGAUAAUCCUGCAGCAAGGUUGCCGUUGAGAGUGAGCAAGAAAUCUUUUCGGAUGAAGUAUGAUACGGUUCAAAUAGCCGACAUGAAGGAAGAGACAGCAUCUCUGGUCAAGAGCAAACUGAUGACCCAGGAAGCAGAUUCAAAGGUGGAAGAUAAAAUGGAGAAGAAGGAGAAGGAGGAAGAUCUUGCUUGGGACGAGCGAGAUUGGGAUGAAAAGGAUCCCUCUGAUUUUGAGACCAAUGCCAGCUAUUCAACUCACCAAGAGUUUGAUGAUGAGAAUGAAGAAGGAGACAAGACCACCAGGAAGAAAUCACGGAAAGGUUCUAAAAAGAAGGGCAAAGCAACGUUAGAACCCGUCCAGGAGGACACAAGGGUGUACCCGAUAGACCUGUGGUACAUUCUUGCUGAUUAUGUUAGACCUGAAGACAUCGCUACAUUCUCAUGUCUGUGCAAAGAUGCGUACAGUAUUACGAGGACAGUUUCAUUCUGGAAGAAAUUGUAUUUCAGAUACCUCAACCCCAGUACUGUUCUUCCACCAUAUCUUCAACCGGAGGGGAUAGAGCGUACCCGUGGCCUUUGUGCCUUCGUGAUCCGUGCCCUCUACUUCCUGCAUGAGCCCUACAGACUCUCACUCAACAAGCCCUGCCCUGUCGGAGAAGGCCACGCCUCACCCGAAGCCAUCAAAGAUUAUACUUGCCUUUAUACUUGGUCCAACGGAAGGAUGGGGCACCAUUUUACGCACUUUAUGAAGCUCCGUUUGUGCAGCAAAGAGGGCGCUGUGCUGCAUAAAGGCAAUAGCUUCGACAGAGACAUCUUUGCUAAUGACAAUCGCAGGGAGUGUAUCCUCAGAGUCCAUUGUGAAAGCUUCCAGGACGUGCCGUCCGGGAUGAUCAUGGGUCUUCAGCUUCUGAAGGCUUCGGUGAGCGUCAGCGCCAACAUGCGCCACCAUAAGGUCAGGUUGGAGUUUGGCCGGAAAGACCGCAGGGGUUCUUGCGUCAAGUCCAGCGUCAUCAUGGUCGUCCUAGAUCCGGUCUUGAAAGUGGACGUCCUGCAGUGGUGGCACCCGCAGUUCCGCGAGUGUUCGCAGAGGUCCAUCGAUAAGGCGGUCGCCCAGAACGUAGCGAACCUGAGAGAGAAUAUAGUUUGGGAAGGACUAUAGGUUAAUGCCUUGGAUUAGCUUUCAAGCAAGCUGGAAUGGAGUUGAGGCCGGAGUUCUGAGUCAUGAGGCAGCUGGAAAACUCUUUUCCCAUAGACUUUGUACAUGUUACUCGGCCCAAGGCCAAAGCCGGCAAAAUGGGGCCUCAAGGCUGGUCUAAGCUCCGUCCUUGCAUGUAAGGAAUGAAAUGAAUUCAGAAGUCUCAUAAUCUCUUUCAGAGAAUGGUGUCUUUCACUCGUGGCAUCCUCAGAUGAGGAAGCAUUGACAUUUAGGUCUAGUGAUGCCGUUCUCUGCAUGCUUUUUAGUGAAGAUAAUAGAUUAAUUGGAUUGUAUGUGCCCUGAAAUAUUUAAAUAUUUACCAAAGGUUGGGGUCUCUUUCUCCAGAGCGUACAGAGGUAGAUUGAUAAACCAACUCCUGAAAGUGUAGCUGAAUGCACCCAAUGGUCGAUUUUUAUUUGUGCCCUUUUUUUCAAGGUGGUAUUUAAAUAAAUGAUGUAUCUCGAUCUUUUGCAUAUCUAUUGAGUGAUUUCAAGUUCAGUGUUGACCUUUUGGUGUUGGUGUUAGGUCAAUUUUAACAUGAGUAUAACACCAAACAUAAAAUGAAGAUGGUCCUGAA